AUGUUCGACUGGUCCUUUCAACACUGCAUGCCGCCCCAGGAGCUCAGCAUGGACUUUCUUGACCUCUUGGCUUUUCCCGGGACUGGACAUCAACUUGAGCUUGGUCAUAUGUCGGAGCCGCAUGGUGCUGCGACCGGACGAGUGGAUGCACGCACGUUCGCGGCGGACUCUGUUGAGCAAGAACAAUCAACGAGCAAACAGUUGCCUGACCUGUCAGACUCAUGGCAUACGUACGGCGGGUCCGGGAUGGUGCAACCAAAGCUCUGGGAAAGAUCGCGCCCAAAAGGAUCCAUAGACCCUCGCGAUGCCAAUCAAGCAGUCCCUGGGCGUGAUGAGCCGGAUGGAGCGCAGAAAUCAGUCGCAAACUUUCUCAGUUUGGACGAUAUCCUGGCAAUGGAGGACCACCGCCAUGUUGCCCGAGUUCAACAAGGCCAAGUGAUGGAGGUGUUGGCGUUGAUUGCAAAGACACGUUGCCUAGAAUCCUUGACCUGCAAUCCAGGCGUUAGAGACCUCUUAAACAACCCGAAAGUUAUCAACGCCUUUGUCCAGCUGUACUUUGAACACUACCAUCUAACGCUGCCUCUUCUUCACAAACCAACGUUCAACGUGUCCAACACACCCCCGUUGCUCAUACUCGCAGUUGCCGCCAUUGGGAGUAGGUUUUCCAGGGUCCCACAAGCUCAUACACUGUCCUCCAUCCUGAGAGGAACACUGCGCAAAGCACUUGAUACCAUGGUCGACGAGAAUAUUGAUCAGACUAUCGAAAUCCCUUUUGCGCAGGCAGCACUUUUGAACCAGAUUCAGAUGGCCUUUGAUGGCGUCCGACACAGCACCUUGAAGGCUCAGUUCCAGCGGGCCAUGCUUGUAACAGUGUGCCGCGGCCUAAACUCAAGAAUGCGCCGGGAGGACCUGCUCCAGAGGCAAGACCAUGUUCCAGAUGCUGGUCAUCGCGGUCAAGCGGUUUCCAAGUGGCUUGGUCGAGAGCUCUGCAGAAGACUUACGUAUGCGAUUUGGUUGAUCGACUGUCAGUUUAGCCUGCACGCCAGCGUCCCACCAAUAAUGAGUCUCGACGACCUUGAUCCUAGCUUGCCUUGCCCCGAGACAAUAUGGGAUAUGAAUGGGGCGGCGCUAUCGGGGGAGUUGGACAGCUCACAGAACUGGUUCCGGGCAGUGCCACUCAAAGACGCUUUAGAUGCCCUGAAGCUCGGAGAGCUAGUCGAGUCGAAAAACCUUGGACUCUUCUCACGACUGAUCACGAUGACCGCAGUAUUCUAUCAGUGGCAUACGGCAACCUGCGUCAAUCGCUACAUACUUCAUGUCGAUGUAGACCAGCCUGCACAGCACCUUCCCAUAGACCAGCCAUUUGGGGAAAAUCAUGGGGUAGUGGCGACCGGAAAUGGGCCAACUCAAUCGAGGCCACUGAUACCCGCAGUCCAUCGUGCGCACUGGAGAAGCACUGCCACGGAAACAAUUAGCUUAAUCUGCACCAAUGUCACUGCCUACCAGGAGAGUGACGCAUCACAGCUGAUCAAGCUCCAUCACCACAUUUCGAUCCUACUCAUCGUGCCAUUGCAACCGAUGUGCGAGUACAUUGGAUGGAUGGCCACCAAACAGUGUACGACGGCGGCUCGCAAUAGCCUCUGCACGUGGCUCCGCGCCGACAUCCAGAAGGCUCGAAGGGCGGUAAUGCACGCCAUGGCACUGUUCUGCCUCAUCCGGCGAAGAAAGUCUGCGGCCCAUAGCGAAAAUCACCAUCUCUUCGUCGCAGUCCUGACUAUCUGGACGUUUUUCUCUCUGGAUCCGGUAGCACGUGCCACUGAUGGAGAUUCCGAGUCAUCCGCUACCAACGAUGAGGUGCCGCUGUCUUGGUCUUGCUGCUGCAUCGACUGGGAUGGUGGAGUCGACGCCGGGGAGAAGGAGCGAUGGAUUCAGGCCCCUGGCCAUCCCCGCGUCCGGAUUGCGGGGGUGGGAAACCUGGAAGAGCCGAGUGGGUUGCAUCGAAUCCUGGUCGAGGCGCAUCGGAUCCUCCUCUCGGACCAAGUGUGGGGGAUCAGCCGGCUGUUCGCGGGAAUCCUUGAGGGGCUCGUUCGCCGGGGUUCUGCCUGUGUUUAA